UUAUGUUCUGUACGUGUAGGAGCUCUAAAGUUCCUCCAGGAUCCUCCACAACUCCAGGCAUCUCACGUCGGCUGGAGCGUUGACUACAAUUGCACAACAGAUGACCCAUAUGCCACAGUGUCACUUCUACAUUCUAGAGAUUUUGGGCUUUCUUAUAAUGUGUUACAGGUCUCACCAAGCAAACUUCUUUUGAGGAAACAAGUGUUCACCAUAGUAAACCUUAUUCUUCGGAUGGAGGAAACUAUAAAUGCAAGGCAACGGACCAGUCAGGUCAAACUAUUGAAUGGAACAGUGGUUCAAUGUUAUAUAUACAAGCAGGUC